AUGUCGUGCCAGCAGCUGGAGGAGGCGCGCAGGGAGGCGGCCCCGCGGACGCGCCAGAGGACGGGCGGCACGGUGGAACCGGCGCCGGACCUGGGGCUCGGGGACUGGUCCUUGCACCGCUAUCUGGACUGCGACGCCCUCCUGGUGCGCCCCGGGCGAGGGCGAGCUGGGGGUGUGGGUGCUGUGCCCGAGAAGCAGGUCCCUCCCGACUUGGCAGAUGAUGAACUGCCCUCCCCAGUCCUGUGGGCGCAGCAGAGCCGGCGACUUCAUCUGCCCCCGGAGGUGUUCUCCGCCCGCCGAGUUCCCUCCUACACCGGGAGGAAUAAGGGUCAGAAAACCCAGGAUGAGGCGGGAGUGGAGCGCGCCCAGGGCCACUGUGCAACCCUGUCCGCACCAGGAGCGCGGAAACGGGGGCAGAACAGCGUCAUCUCGGGUCGUGCCUGCCGGGAACUGUGGGAGAGUGUUGACCUCCUCUUUGCCCUCUUUGCCCAGGCCUUGAAGUCCAGGUCAUCAUGGGCCCCUGAGGGAAUCUCCAUGGCCAUCUUCCCAUUUACCUGUAAAUGGACAGUCACUGUCCUGGAGGUUGAGAUCCCCGUGGUGACCUGGACCAAUCAGGAGCUGCCCCCUUGGGCUGAGCUGAUGCAGCAUCCCCAGGAUCCUGGGCAGGGGAGGAAGAGCCCCAGCAGUAGCUGCCGCAUGUAUGAUUUGAGUCUGGAUGAAAUGAGAGCUUUGACAUUUCAGAGAGUGAUGUUUACCAUGGGUUUGCCUCUGAUAAAAUGUACAAUUCAGGAUCAGGCAGAGAAAACAAAGAAUUUUGCCAGUUGGAGCCUGGUCAUAGGAGAAGUCCUCUUAGCAGACAUGGCCCCAGGGGUAAAGUGUGGAAUAAUUUGUUGGCUAUUUGGUGGUGCCAUCAGGAAUCUCGGAAGCCUAGCACGUGUAACUAAAUGGCUUCAGCUACUCCAGGAGCAGAAAUACACGGGGAUGUUUGCAGUGACCGAGAGGGGCCACAGGAGCGACGUGAGAGGGAUCCAGAUGGAAGCCACCUUUGACCUCUCUGCACAGGAGUUUGUAAUCGACACACCAUGCGAAAAUGCUGAGAAGAUGUCCAUUGGAAACGCCAUGUACUGGAAUUAUGCAGCAGUCUUUGCCCAGCUCAUCAUAAACGGAAGAUCUCAAGGGCCCCACUGUUUCAUCGUUCCUGUCCUCGAUGAGAAUGCAGCUCUGUCCCCAGCUGUUUCCUCCGUUUCCCGUCUGCUCUCUCUAGGUCUGCAUGGUGUUGAUGCCCGGAUUCUGAGAUUUGACAAGGUUCGGAUACCAGGGGAGAACCUGCUGGAUAAGUUUGGUUCUGUGGCUCCAGAUGGGCAGUACCACUCCCCCAUUAAGGACAAGAGUGCAAGAUUCAAUGCGAUGUUGGCGGUGCUGACCCCUUCGAGACUGGCUGUGACUUUCCAAGCUACAGGCUCUAUGAAGCUUGGGUUGACGAUAGCCAUUCGCUAUAGCCACAGCCAGAGGCCGUUUGGGCCCAAAGCCAAGGAAGAGGUCAAGAUUAUUGAGCACCAAACACAGACCCUGCGGCUGAUGCCUCACCUGGCCACGGCCUUGGCCCUGACCUUCGCCAACAGGUAUGCCGGCGUCCUUCUGGACGAGGACAUCUUCCGAAGUUAGGAGCUUGUCAGCAGUCGCCCGCUGCAGGUGCUGGUGGCGGGGCUGAAGGCCUGCAGUACCUGGGAGAGCAUCGGCUGCCUGCAGGACUGCCGAGAGUGCACCGGAGGCCUGGUUGUGGUUCAGGAACUGCUGGCUCAGUACACCGAGCAGUAUGAAGAAAGACCCAUCUCCAGCCUGCUCCAAAACUGGAUGGAAUCAGGGGGUGACAAGCUGAGAACCAGUUUCCUGGCGUUUAACAUGGACACAGUUGGUAAUCUCGCCUUUCUGUUGAAAGCAGUCAAUUUUCAUGAAAGGUUUCUUCAGUGGGGUUUGGUGGCCCGGAUUUAUUAUAAGGUGACGACCGAGAAUGAGGACUUUUCCAGUGUCUGGAACUCAUGUCUUCACCACCUCACCUGCCUGUCUCUGGCACACAUUCACAGAGUUACUUUAGAGCAGUUCUCCCUGCCCGUGAGGAGCUGUCCUGAAGAGGACCAGGCUUUGUUAAAGAAGUUUUGUCUGCUAUAUGGAACCAACCUGGCGUUCCAGGAGUGAGCCUCGUAUCUAGAACAUAAAUAUUUGACUCCCCUGGCCAGCAUGAAGAUUAGGCGUCAGUUGCUCUAUUUGUGCAGCUCACUGAAGGAUGAUGCCCUGAGGGUGAUCUCCGCCUUUAACAUCCCACACACCUCCCUCCACGCACCAAUCGCUGGAAUCGCCAACCCGAUGGCCUCCUGGGCCUUCUACCCAACACCGCAGCAUCCCCUGGCCCGGGAAGGAGCGCGGUCUCCGCGGCCCAAGCUGGGAGCCAACUUAUAG